GCAGUUGCCUGUCUAAAGAAUUAAGAGGUGCAGGAGAGUCUGGGAAGAGCACAAUUGUCAAACAGAUGAAGAUCAUCCAUGAGGAUGGAUACUCAGAAGAGGAGUGCAGGCAGUACAAAGCAGUGGUUUAUAGCAACACCAUUCAAUCCAUUAUGGCCAUCAUCAAAGCAAUGGGUAACCUGCAAAUUGAUUUUGGGGACGCUGCCAGAGCGGAUGAUGCCCGCCAGUUGUUUGCACUUGCCUGCACUGCAGAGGAGCAAGGAAUCCUUCCAGAGGAUUUGUCCAAUGUGAUUCGGAGGCUGUGGGCAGAUAAUGGGGUCCAGGCUUGUUUUAAUCGUUCCCGAGAGUAUCAGCUGAAUGAUUCUGCUGCAUACUACCUGAAUGAUUUGGAGCGGAUAGCCAGAGGGGAUUACAUUCCAACCCAGCAAGAUGUGCUGAGAACCAGAGUGAAGACUACAGGCAUUGUAGAGACUCAUUUUACCUUCAAGGACUUACAUUUCAAGAUGUUUGAUGUGGGAGGCCAGAGGUCAGAGAGAAAGAAGUGGAUCCAUUGUUUUGAAGGAGUGACAGCCAUCAUCUUCUGUGUUGCUCUUAGUGCCUAUGACUUGGUCCUGGCCGAAGAUGAAGAAAUGAAUCGGAUGCACGAGAGCAUGAAGCUGUUUGACAGCAUCUGUAACAACAAGUGGUUCACGGACACCUCCAUCAUCCUCUUCCUCAACAAGAAGGAUCUCUUUGAAGAAAAGAUCAUCCACAGCCCCCUGACCAUCUGCUUCCCAGAGUAUACAGGGGCCAACAAAUAUGACGAAGCAGCCAGCUACAUCCAGAGCAAGUUUGAGGACCUGAACAAGAGGAAGGACACCAAGGAGAUCUACACCCACUUCACUUGUGCCACUGAUACCAAGAACGUGCAGUUUGUCUUCGAUGCUGUCACUGAUGUCAUCAUCAAAAACAACCUGAAGGACUGCGGACUCUUCUAGCUCUUCGGGUGACACCUACUGAGGAACACAGGAAGGAUUACUUGAACUGCUCCAUAUGAGGAAGAGGCUGGUGUUGAUGAAGGGAGGACUGCACCAUUCGAUGACUUCUGCUUCUUAAAAGUUCUUUUGUUUUUGUUUCAUUCCUUUUAAUUUUUCCUAACGAUGAGACUUCAGCGAUUCCGCUGGUCCAAGAGGCACCUGUCUCCAUGGCUUCUCCUGCUCUCUGCUUCCCCACUUGCCCGUUGCAGGCCGUUUGUGUUCCCUCCAUGCACCCACAAAGCCUUACUGAAGCACCAAUGAGUGGUGGCCUGCCAUAGCUGUAACAUUUCCAUGUAGGUCUGUUCUGUUCUGUUUUGGUUACCCUAAAGUGUGGAAGGUAGCAGGUCAAGGGGCUUUGGACAUGUUUUUUAAUGCUCUUUCCUUGUUUUUUGAGAAAGACAAGAAUUAUUACUAAUUGGUUUUGCUUUGCUUUGCUUUUUUACGUCCAAACAACCCUCUGUCUGGCUCUGCCAAAGCAAUCCACUGUCUUGUUUGUUUUUCCACCUUCCCUGAAGGGGCAGGAGCUCUUGCUACGGAGCAAACUGCUCAGCUCCUACCCCUGCAAUUUGCACAGACCAGCAAGAAAUCGGAAACAUUCCUCAAAAAGCCAAUUUGUGCAGGAAAAGUUGGUCUAUUUUUUUUAAAAGAAAACCUUUUUAAAAACCUUAUUUAAAAUGUCCAGUAGUUAACGAUUGAGUUGCCCACUACAAGCUCAUCGUCUCUAGUAAAUUUUGUGCCUUGAGGGUGUCUGUAUGUUUACAUCUGUUUCUUAGUUUGCUUCUGUGUGCAUUGUGUUUAGAUUAGUGUAAAAUAGUUCCCUGUCCCCUGUCUCCCCCCAGACCCCAUUUCCGUCCCCCCCCCAGCCCUUUUCUCCCUUUCUGCUGUGGUCCAGGACAAGCAUUUUAAGAGGGGGCAGUGCCCAGGGAUUUUAAAACAUGUUUCUUCAUGGCCACAGAAUUAGGUUCCUAAGGGCUAAGAUUCCACUAAAGGACUAAGCAAUGUCAAGCUCAACUUCUUUCCAUUCCUUUGAUGCCCUGCCCCAGGACCUGGGAGCGCUCCUGAGGUUGCUGUAACGUCAGGCCUAUUUUAAUGUAUUUUCUUAGCUCUAACUGUAGCGUCAGUUGAGGAAACACUGCUGUAUGUAAGCGGUCCUGCCUGCCGUGCAGUCGAUGGGCACCGGGCCAUUAGUAACCGUCAGACGCAGCCUAGCUUUUAUCACAACGUUUUACCAAAUUGUUCACAUGGUUUGAAAUAAUAAAAAGUAGAAAGAAAGCUGA